AUGAGCGAGAAGCGAAGGAAGCGGCAUUCGCCGGAGCAGAUCGUCCGUAAGCUGCGAGACGCGGACGCGAUGCUGAGCGCGGGCAAGGAGAUGGCGGCCGUGCUUCAAGCCCUGGAGGUGAGCGAAUCAACGCUCGACCGGUGGCGAAAGCAGUACGGCGGGAUGAAGUCCGAAGAAGCUUUGCGGUUGAAAAAGCUGGAGGAUGAGAACCGGCGUCUGAAGCAGCUGGUUGCGGAGCUGUCGCUCGACAAUCAGGCCCUGAAGAUCCGAGCGGCGGUGGCCGAGCUGCGGAAGCGGCUGGGCCUCUCCGAGCGGAGGGCGUGCCGAGCCGUUGGCCAAUCGCGGAGCAGUCAGCGUUACCAAACGAAGCCGCGGAGCGACGAGCCGAGGUUGCUCAAACGGCUGCUGCAGCUGGUGCGUCGGCGGCCACGGUUCGGCUACCGGCGCAUCGCGGCGCUGUUACGGGGGGAAGGCUACGCGGCGAGCGAGUCGCGGAUCCUUCGGCUGUGGCGUCGAGAGGGCCUGAAAGUACCGCAGAAGAAGCGGAAGAAGCGCCGGUUGGGCGUGGCGGAGAACGGCUGCGAUCGUCUGGCGGCGACGCACAAGAACCACGUGUGGGCGUGGGACUUCGCCUUCGACCGGACGGAAAACGGGACGCAGCUGAAGUGGCUAUCGAUCGUUGAUGAGCACACACGCGAGUGCCUCGCCUUGAAAGUGGCGAGGAGCAUUACGAGCGAGGACCUGAUCGACACGGUGGCCGAACUGCUGGCGAUGCGGGGCGUGCCGGAGAACGUCCGCAGCGACAACGGGCCGGAAUUCGUGGCCGAGAAGUUGCGAGCGUGGCUGGCGCAGGUCGGCGUGAGGACGCGUUACGUCGAACCGGCGAGCCCGUGGCAGAACGGCUAUGCGGAGAGCUUCCACAGCCGGUUGCGAGACGAGUUCUUGGCGAUCGAGGUGUUCGACAACCUGGCGGCCGCGCGGAAGCUCACAGCCGUUUGGCGAGAGGAUUACAACCACUACCGGCCGCACGGCUCGAUGGGGUACGUCACCCCGGCGGAGUUCGCGGCCCGCUGCCCCGCUUCCGCUCCGGAGUCGCUUUCGGCUAUGCCUCAAGCGACUCCUCCGCUCCAGCAGAGCA